AUGGAUAGCGAACUUGCGGGUAUUCGAUGUUGUUGGAUGUCAAUUCUUCUGUAUGCUACUGCUACCGUCAUCUGCCAUCGUUGGUUGCGCACAGCCACAUCACUUAACGCCUCGUCGCGUUCCACAAACUUCACAUUCACUUUCACGCGUUUACAAAAGUUCACCCCACCAGCUCUCACUCAUCCCAGAAAGCUGCAACAUGGUCAACAGACUUGUAAUAAUCAUCGACUGAAUUUCACUGGCUCGGACGUAUGCUCGUCCCGUAUAGCCAUGGAGACAGUCUUCAGCCCAGACUACGACAACAGCCACCGGGCCUUUCUCCAAGCUCUCCUCGCCCACAGCACCAUCACAUUUGAAGAAGCGCAACCCUUACUAGCAGCUAUAUUCAACGCCGACGGCACUCACGAAUCAGUAAUUCGGCCAGAGCAAGUAACCGAGGAUGAUUUCAAGAAACACAUCGAGGUAGCAUCCGAUGCCGCCUCCCUCUUCGACUACGAAGUCCGCAGCAUCACCCACCAAGUCACCAAGCAGCGCCUCUACGCCCUCGUGAACACACAAUCCGACCCCCAGACGCAGCUAGCAACGACAUACACCGCCGAAGAGCUGGCAUUCAUCAAGCGCGCCCUCGACGGCAUGUUUGACAAGUUCAACACCCCGCGGAUGGAGGUGCUCGCCAUCACAGAGAUGCAAGCCAUGAAGUUCGCCAGGCCGCCGAACCGGCGCCAGAGCCACAUGGACGCCGAGGAGCCGACGCAAACGCAAGCAGCAGCGGACAAGGGUCUUAAACACAGCGAGGUGGAGGCCGUGCUGGGCAGUCUCGUGGACGGAGGGUGGUUUGAGAAGAGUCGCGAUGGUUUCUACGCCGUUACUCCGCGAGCGUUGCUGGAGCUGCGUCCCUGGUUGGUGGAGACGUAUAAUGAUCCGGAUGCCGAGGCGAACGAGUGGCAGCGCAUCAAGUUUUGCGAGGCGUGUAAGGAUGUUAUUACGAUUGGGCUGCGGUGCGGGGAGCCGAAUUGUGUUUUGAGAUUACAUGAUUUUUGCCAGGAUGCGUUUUGGCGGGCAAGGAGAUCGAGGGAUUGUCCGAAGUGUGGGAAGGAGUGGACGGGGGAUCGGUAUGUUGGCGAGAGGGCGGUGACGAUGACGGAGGCGUAUCAGAGGGGGAGGAGGAGGAGUGGUGGGAGGAAGAGCACGUUGGCGGAUGAUGUUAUUCAGCAGAUGUGA